CUCAGGUGUUAUACAAUUAAACUUGUUUUCCUUAACCUGAUUCGUCACAUUCCUGCGACAGUCAACUGCGAGCCACUUUCAGUAAACUAAAAGUACGGUUACUUUGUGAUCAGUUUAUAAGAAGAACAGUGACGGAGAGAAUCAGAUUUUGGUUAUUUCGUCAUGAAGAUGAAGGCGUUAGUGGGGUUUUUGACCCUCGUACACGUUUCCCAGCAAUUUUCAGCUGUUGUAAGCGUGUAUGAGGGGGUGGAGUCUGUCCAGCUGCCCUGUCAGUCAUCUAGGUUACCUGAGGACACAACAGUGGUGUGGGAGCGAUACGAUUCCCAUCCCUCAACCGUCUACCAGCAUCAGCAUCAGGUAUAUGAGCAUUAUCUUCAAAACCAGCAUUACAGCGGCCGGACAUCAAUGUCAACUGAUGCUCUGGAAACUGGAGACCUCAGCCUCACUCUGAAAGAACCCCAACUCUCUGACAGUGGCGUCUACAUCUGCCAAAGGUUCAGAAAGGAAGAGGAAUUAUCACCCCGAUUCACAAUGUUACUGGAGGUCAAAGAACGGCCCACAUUUCCUCCUUGGUUAUAUCCUAUGCUGGCUGUUUGCCUUGCUCUGGCUGUUGCUGCCUUGGGUUGGUACACAACCAUCACAGUCUCUUCUGUAGUGGUGGAAGAGGGGGUGUGCUUUGUAAAACUUCCUUACAAUACCAUGGCCCCUCUGCCUGAAGACGUCACCGUGGAGUGGAGUCCUUGUGCCCUCGAGCCAAUGAGGGUCCACGAAUAUUGUAACGGUAACAACGAUCUUGUCGGACAGGAUGAGUUUUAUUGCGAUCGCACAAAGAUGCAGAACGAGCUACUGAAAACCAAAGACCUCCGAGUCAAUGUCCCCCAGGAGGUGGUGGAGGUCGGGGAUUGGGCUAAAUGUGUCACACUGCCCUUCAAAACCAGAACUCGACUGCCUGCAGAUGCAACGGUGAAAUGGAAACGUUUCGAGUUAUCCAAUUCCUGGACAGUCCAUGUGUAUCAGAAUGGCCAAGACAAGUCUGAGGAGCAAGACGACUCUUACAGAGGCCGCACAAAGAUGAUGAAAAACCCCCUGCAAGCUGGAGAUCUCAGUCUGACCCUGAUUAAUCCCAGUCAUGGAGAUAUCGGUGCAUACACAUGCACCAUUGAAAGGGACGGAGAUGUCAUAUGGAAGAGAUCGGUGAGGCUCAAGCUCAAAGCGAUAGGGUUUUAAAGAAGAAAGGACCAAAGAUAAAACAGAUGGCGCCGUGAACAAGCAGCGUUCAUGUUAAAAAUGUUUUUGUGAUUUCCUAAUUGUUUUAAUAAUGUACAUUUCUGGCUGUAGCACAUGCUCCCUGCUCACAUGAUCACCUUUACAUUAUCAAUAAAUAAAUAAAUAAUCUGA